UCCACGUGCUUUGUGGAGUCUCUCCCCUUCACUAUCCUUCCCCACUCACUCAAUGCCAUUCCCCUAACACCUCUCUAUACACCUCACCUCACCUCCUUUGACCCCUCUCUCUAGUCCCUAUCUCUCCAUCCAUUUCUGUAAUUUCCAACACCUCUCUGUAAUGUCCAAACUCACAUACCAUCAUCCCAGAUAGCAACAUUUAAUCUUUCUUCUCUUGCCACCAAACUUUCAAGAAUCCUAUGCUAUAUCCGAUGCAAAAAUCAAAUCAAGAUUCAAUUUUUUUCCCAUCCGAGCCACAAAAAGUAAACCCCUGAUUUAUCUCGAGCUCCAACAAUGGUGAUGGAGGUGGUGCAUGAAGAUAUGGGCGAAGGCAGCAUGCAAUGCACCAACCACCCUUACGAAAACAGCACCCCGGGCGGGAUCUGCGCCUUCUGCCUUCAAGAAAAGCUCGGGAAACUCGUCUCUUCUUCAUUACCUGUCGCCAUUUUGCCUUCCUCAUCGUCCUCAUCCUCCUCUAGAUCUGAUUUCGGCGGUGGAAACGCCGCCGCCCUCCAGCCUCGCCACCUCGCCCCCUCCUCCUCCAACGCUUCCGAGAAUGCGAGCAGCGAAUGCAAUUAUUACUCGAGGAGGUCGCGAAUGCCCUUUGUUUUGACGCAGAAGAAGAAGAAGAGUAAGAAGAUGAAAGAUGGAGUGGCAGCGGGGAGCUCGGAUUCCGGCAGCAUUGUUUACAAGAGAAGCAAAUCCACCGCAACUCCGAGAAGAGGUAUGCAUUUCUCGGAUGGAGGUUUCUCUGACGAUUAUAGCCCUCACAGAAGGGGUUUUUGGUCAUUUCUUUACAUGUCAAAGCAUUCUAGUGGUAAAAAGAGUGAGAAAAGCUUGAAAGAUUCCAACUUUACACCAGCCACAGCUAGUAGCACUGUUGGAUCAUCUUCUGUCAAUGGCGGCGGUGGUGGUAGUAAUGGGAUUAGGCCAAGAGAUAAGAAAAGGGAGGAGUUUGUGGUGGUGGAUGAGAAUGGGAGCCCUGAUCAAGCUGCAUUUGAUAGGAAAGUGUCAAGAUCCAGAUCUGUUGGCUGUGGAAACAGGAGUUUUUCUGGUGAUUUCUUCGAGAGGAUUUCGACCGGCUUUGGCGAUUGUACCCUCCGCCGUGUUGAGUCGCAGAGGGAAGGGAAGCCCAAGGUUCAAGUUGCACAAAGGAACAGUGGGAUCAAUGGCCAAGAUUGCAUCAAGGAGAGGGUUAGGUGUGGAGGGAUCUUUGGUGGAUUCAUGAUCACCUCAUCCUCCUCAUCGUCUUCGUCUUCCUCUUAUUGGAUUUCAUCGUCUGCAGAGGAUAACGGUGGGAAUUCGAAGGGGAGGCAGGUCUCCCAUGGGAGGAGCAAGAGCUGGGGCUGGGCUCUUGCAAGUCCAAUGAGGGCUUUUAGUAAGCCUUCUUCUGUCAAGAGGGAUAAUGGUAAUAAGAAUGUGACUCCUAAUUUGGCUGCCAUUCCUUCUUUACUGGCUGUGAGUGGCUGAGCAGGGAAAGAGAUAGGGAGAUGAAGAGAGAGACAGGGGAAAAGAGUUGAAUUUACUGAGUUAAUUGUCUGAUAGUAUGUUACUACUAUACAUUUUUAGAUUUCAAGAUUGGUGUUUCAUGUGGUUGCCGCUACUCUGUUAAUCAUGUUGCUGUAGUUUGUUUUUGCCAGUUGUGAUAUGUUAAUCUUAGUUUAUUUUUUGUUGUAGUUUUCAGUCGUGGGAGUAUUGGUUCUUCUUUGUAUAUCUAAUAAGAUAUUGGUAUGAUGAGAUUUGAUGUAAGGUUGAGAAAUAAAUAAAAGGUGGAGAAUUUUCUUGAUC